AAGUACAGUAACAUGGUACACCAAGUAUAGUAGGAUACUAUUUUAUUUUAUUUUUUUAGAAGGGCACCCAUCAGAGAUAUUUUUCUCCAUCACCAAAGUACUCCUAACUUGAAAUGGCACUUUAGAGGGAACUUCACAAGUUUUUCUCCACUAGAUGGUUCUAUUCAUUAUAACCCUUUUUAAGACACAUUUUCUCAGGCACAACAUUAUGCUGUCUCACAUGAAGGCAUCCUAGGCAACACUCUAUUUUUUUUUUCCAUGUGAAGGGCAGCCAAUAGCACUUCAACGAUGUUUUUUCAACCAUGGUGUCACCUGGAGGGGGGAUUGGGAGGGGUCACCCCCUGAGUCCAGCAGUGAUUUUUGAUCAGGUGCAGCUCGCUCCAGCUCCUGAAACAUCAGGUCUCUCCCACGCCUCCCCCACCCUCCACCACUUAAAAGGCGAACCCCCAGCUCCCCCAUCCCGUAUGCUCCCACAGAAACUCAGCCCAAGUGGGAGAACACACAGGUGAAACAGGAGGAAUCAGCCUUGAGUUUCUCUGCCGUCGUGCCUCGCUUUACAGAAGCAGGGGCAGAACUUCUUCGCAUUGACACAGCAUGAAUCCUUCAGCCAACCGUUACCUGGUGUCCCGGCCCAUCUAUUCCAACCAGGAGUUUGAGCAGGACAACGAGCGUAACGUAGAGGAGAGUGCUACCUGGUGGGAGCGGCUUGGUAGGUCCUGCGGAUGCACAGAUAAGACAGCUCUGAGACUGCUUAAGCGAAUCUUCCCAGUCGUGGAUUGGAUCUCCAGAUACCCAGUCAGGGAGUGGCUGCUCAGUGAUGUCAUCUCUGGAGUCAGCACAGGGCUGGUGUGUAGCUUGCAGGGCUUGGCCUAUGCUCUGCUGGUGUCUGUGGUCCCUAUCUACGGGCUCUACUCCGCCUUCUUCCCCAUCCUCACCUACUUCCUGCUAGGAACUUCCAAGCACAUCUCAGUUGGACCAUUUCCAGUAACCUGCCUGAUGGUGGGCUCCAUGGUAUUGACUCUUGCCCCUGAUGACGACUUCCUGCUUCCUCUGAAUGACACCAAUAUGAACCGGACGACUAUAGACGUGGAGGCCAGGGAAGCACAAAGAAUUUUGGUAGCCAGUUCCAUGACAGUACUGAUUGGUUUGUUUCAGGUGGUAAUGGGGCUUCUGCAGGUGGGCUUCCUGGUGCGAUACCUGUCAGACCCUCUUGUUGGGGGAUUUACCACAGCUGCUGCCCUCCAUGUGCUCGUCUCCCAGAUGAAGACCAUCCUUUCUGUGCAAACCGGUAACCACAAUGGAGUCUUCUCCAUUGCAUAUAUACUGACUGAUGUAUUUAGAAACAUCAGGCAAACCAACGUGGCUGACCUUGUGGCAGGCCUGUUGACCAUCGUCAUAGUGAUGGUGGUGAAGGAAGUCAACACCAAAUUCCAGCACAAGAUCCCGGUAUCCAUUCCUAUUGAAGUCAUUGUGACCGUGAUUGCCACUGGGAUCUCCUAUGGAGUAAACCUGGACUCACGUUAUGGUGCCAGCAUUGUGCGCAGCAUCCCCACGGGGUUCACUGCUCCUCGUCCCCCUGAUCAGAGGCUCUUCUGGCAGAUGCUGGAAUCAAGUUUCUCCACGGCUGUGGUGAGCUACGCUCUGGCCGUGUCGGUGGCCAAAGUCUAUGCUGCCAAACAUGACUACAUCAUCGAUGGCAACCAGGAGCUGAUAGCAUUUGGCAUCAGCAAUAUCUUCAGCGGCUGCUUCUCCAGUUUUGUGGCCAGUACGGCCCUGUCUCGCACUGCAGUGCAGGAGAGCACUGGGGGAAAGAGCCAGGUUGCCAGUGUUGCUGGCAUGAUCUCGGCUGUCGUGGUUAUGAUAGUGAUUUUGGCACUCGGUCACCUCUUGGAACCUCUGCAGAAGUCGGUUCUGGCUGCCAUCGUCAUCGCUAACCUCAAAGGAAUGUUCAAGCAGGUUCUGGACGUUCCGGUUCUGUGGCGGCAGAACAGAGCCGACUGUCUGAUCUGGAUUGCUACCUGCCUGGCCUCUGUUGCUUUGGGGCUCGAUGUUGGUCUGCUGACUGGCCUGGUCUUUGAGAUGGGCACCGUUGUCGUCAGGACUCAGUUCCCCACGUGUUCAACUCUUGGGAGUGUUCGUGGUACCGACAUCUACAGAAACAUGAAGGACUACAAGAGUGUUGUGGAGGUGGCUGGAGUGAAGAUCUUUAAGUGCAAUGCGCCCAUCUACUUUGCCAACAUCGACUACUUUAAAGAGCAGCUCAGAACAGCGGUUGGCUUUGACGCUGUCCGUGUGUUCAAGAAGAGGAACAAGGCACUGUACAAGAUCCAAAAACUGAUUAAGAAGGGCCAGCUGAAGCCCACUGAGAAUGGGGUCAUAUCUGUGAACACACUAGGCCAGGACAACCAGGGCUUUGAGGGUGAGCCAGUGACAGCACCCCAACACGGAGAAGUGGAAGAGGGUUUCCGUGUGGACUGGGCCUCGGAGCUACCAGUGCCAGUGACGGUGCCUAGGGUCCACAUCCACAGCCUGGUGCUCGACUUCUCUGCCGUCUCCUUUCUGGAUGUGGUGGCUGUCAAGGCCCUCAGAAUGGUAAUUAAAGAGUUCAUUAGGAUCAAAGUCAAUGUCUUCAUUGCAGGCUGUGACGAUGAAAUGGUCCGGAAUUUGGACUCGCUGGCCUUCUUUGAUGAGGUGGUGACAAGAGACCUCCUCUUCCUGUCCAUUCAUGAUGCAGUCCUCUUCAUCAGACUACGAAGGCUAAGUCAUGGUCUGCAGAAUCCCAUUCUGGAGAAGAACUAUAAAGAAAUUGACUAUUUCACCAAAGCAGAGGACCUGACUGAGACCUAUGAUGCCCAGAACAGAGUAAUCUACGGGCUGUCCUAGUGAGGACUAGAUGGACAAGACAUUCUUUGGAACAGCGCCGCAGUCUGUGCAUUGUCCUUUUUGAUAACUACAGACACCUUUCUCAUCUUAAAUGUCCCAUCUGGAAAAAGUGUGUCCUACUGAUCCGGAGAGGAAAGGGCAGGAACAUAGAAGCCUGCUCUUUCGCCCAGGAUGAUGGGAAGUUCUCAAAAGCCAAGUGUGAACUCUGAAACUGCAGUUCAUUGAAGUAAAAAAGCAGUGGAUGUGUCUUUUAGACAGAUGAGCUGUUAACAAGAAGCACUUUAGACUGUCUGUAUAAACAGCCCAUUUCCUACAGCAAGGUCUUUCUCUUGCUCUGUUUUAAGCCUGUACAGAGAAGUGUAAAAAGACUUUCUGAUUUGCGAAAAAUUGGCAAAUCUAGUCCAGAUAUUAGCCCAAAGAAGGGCAUUUUCUGCCGAGGGGUGAUUUGGUGACAGUGAGGGAGAGUUUAUCCUGUUUACAUGCAGGUCCACAUUUCAUGCCCUUGCAAAAUGUCUAGCAGAACUACGUCCUCUUUUCUGUAACAAUUUCUCUUAAACGGUCCUACCAAAGCAGCCUCUGUUUCUGUCCUGGGAUCCCCUGGAAUCUGCAGGAUUUCCACAAUAUACAGUAACACACUUCGUGCACCACUGACUUCUGUGGGAAACAUGCUGGCAAGAAGUUGAGCCUAAUACCACAGAAGUCUCAUUGGAUUGCGUUUGGGAUCUGUAAACACUGUCACAUUCCUUUAGAUGCAGAAACUUCCACUUCACAGUUUGUCUGUUUCUUAAGGUCAUGAGAUAACUGCUUUUGUCCAGUCAGAUAACACUGAAUGUGAGAUCACGUGGGAAGAUAUUAAGCUGUUAAAUAAUGUAAUAUAAUGGACAGUGUAUGAUGUAAGGAUGUGCAGAGAUGGUUUGUCUAAUGGCAAAGGCAUUAUGUCUGAAAUUUGCCUGAUUUUUGUAUUUUCAACCUAGCUGUAGUGAAUCACUCAUUAAAAGGCCGGUAGUAUGAA